CAUGAAUAAAAUAUAAAUUGUAUAUUACAAUCAAUAUAUCAACAAAGCUUAUAAUUAUUGAAAAAUCAAAAUAUAGUUAAACAUAGACUGUAAAAUAUUGAGAAAUGGACGAUUUAAGAUUAAAAAUUGAUCAGGCCUGUAAAGUUGCUGAAGAUUUCACAAAACUUUAUUAUGACACUCUGGAUAAAAGACGACAUCUAAUAGCAAGACUGUAUUUGGAGACUGGAUUAUUGUCAUGGAAUGGUAAUGGGGUGACUGGAAAUGAAAAUAUUUUGAAAUUUAUGAUUGAUUUACCUCCGUCAUCUUUUACUAUACAAACUCUAGACGCACAGCCUGUUUUAGAUACUGCAGUAAAUGGUCAGUUGACUUUCAUCAUCCAAGUGACUGGAAAUGUAAAAUACCAAGACAAAUCACCAAAAACCUUCCAGCAAAAUUUCAUAAUUACAGCACAGGGUGAUAAAUGGAAAAUUGUCAGUGAUUGUAUGAGGUUGCAAGAACCAUUAAAUGCUAAGAACUAACAACUGUAUUUUUAAUUAAGUAUUUUGAUAAAUAAAGUCAUUUUUAAACAAUAC